GUCGGUGUGUGUACGCGGUAAAAUAAACUGUGUAUUGAAUAUCGAUGUAUCGUUGCGGACGUGCGAUACUUUCAGUUGCAGCCCAUGGUGAGUUUCCCAAAUUUAAAUUCAAACUUUUGCUUAGUCGAGAGACCAGUUUGUGCGUGGCUUUUGGACCAUCAUCACCACUAUGACCGAUCUUCUGCCGCGCUUGUUGGUUCUGCUGCUGGUCUUUGCCAGCGUCUCCACCUCUCCGAUGCUGUACAAACUGAAUCCCGAAGAGAAGUACGAGGCAGACCUGGUGCCCGUCUCCUCCACCGUAAUUCCGCUGACAGUGCUGGAGGUGAGCUACGGAGCAGGUGGAAAGCCCAGCGAGGAGUACAAAGCGGCCUACCUUCGUAAGCUGCGCAAACAGGUGCUUCAGCGGACAGAAACCGGCGAAAACGUGGGCGUCGGCGCUGGCGUGGGCGAGGACGACGAGGAUAUCCUGAUCACAGUGAAGUCGCAGAAGCUGGAGAAGGCCAAAGUCAAGGCCGUUCCAGCCACGCAGGCGGACUGAAGUGUAGCAACUUGGUGCUGGUUUUCGAGCUGAUGUCAUGGCGUAC